GAUAAGACUAGCUUCGAAUUUUUCAAAUUCAAUGUGAAGAUUUUCGAUGUGAGAGUUUGAGAGGUAAUAAUACAUUAUCAAAGCAAUUUUUUUCCACCACCUCAUAUAUCAUCUGCAAUCAUAGAAAAUGGGUCGCGAACUCCAAAAGAAGAAGAACAGAUCUGGAAAUAAUAAGAUCAAGCACAAGCCAAAGUCUAAGCGUAUCAAUCCUUUGGGCAAUGCAAUCAUCGCUGCGAACUGGAGACAAGAUGAGACUCUUACACAAAAUUACCGUCGCCUUGGCUUAACUAGUCGUCUCAAUACCGUUACAGGUGGAAUCGAAAAGAAGACUGCAGGAUCCGAAUCAAAAACCUCCACUGCAAAUAAACUCGCCAUCUCGAAUGCAAUUCCAAAGAACUUUGCACCAACUGAAGCGCGAGUCGAGAGAGAUCCAGAGACUGGAAAGAUUAUUAGGGUUAUCCAUGACGAGAAGAAAUCAAAUCCAUUGAACGACCCUUUGAAUUCGGAUGACGAAGAUGGAGAAGGUUUCGAAGGUUUCGGUGAUGAGGAGGGUUCCGCAUCAAAAAACGAGAUUGUCAAGAUGUUGGAGGAACAAGCUUCAAGAGCAGGCGAGAAAAGAGAGAGACAACAGAGUGAGAGGGAGAAGGAAUGGAUCGAGAAGUUGGUCAAGAGAUGGGGAGAGAACUACGGAGCCAUGGUUAGGGAUAGAAGAUUGAAUCCAAUGCAACAAACGGAAUCGGACAUCAGACGACGAGUUCAAAAGUGGAAGGAUGCUGGUGGUGUUGUUACUGCCGAAGCAUGAGGUUCACUCUGGAGGUUCAAUGAUGCAUAUCAGAAUGGUGUCUGGCGUUUUGUGGGGGCUAUAACUACGAAAAAAGUUAAUAAAAGUCAUAUCAAAUUCGAACGGCCAGUUCUCUUGAAGUCAAGAACUGCGCAAAUUUCUCACUCA